GAAUGGAAUGUCCGUAUGCACCGGACGUAUGUGAUGCAGUCUUGUCAGUGUCCGCGAUGUGACGGCGCCUGGCAGCAUGCUUCCAGCCAGGCAAGCCUCUGGCGGAGAACGCUUGAGCUCUGAUGUCGCCCUCGUCUAUAGCGCUUGAUACCCAGCCGCUGAACCCCUCGGCAUAAAUCCCCAAGCAUUUUCUAUCUAGAUUUUCUCUCUACCAUCAAUCGCAAGACUUGCACCAGUGUGACCAUGGCCGACCCAAAGCGAGGAAACUACGAAGACAUCAACCAGAAACUAUGGUAUCGCAAGUUCAAACGUGGAAUCAAUCCUCAGUCACAUCAGCCGUACCCUGAUGAAGACACGCCCGCUACAGCGGAACAGCUCAAAGAUGACUUUGUUGAUUACUGGGGCAAGCGUCUCCAGUCUGAUAUUGCCUUUCGAAAGCAUAACACUUACAAUGAGCUGAUGACGCAGUUUUGGGAGGACCCCGACAUCGUCUUGCAGACAUAUGCAGUUGCAGAUGGUCAAACUGUCCCGAGAAACAAGCAGAAGAAAUGGUUUCGAUCGGAGCUUCGUUUCAUUUCUGUCAUUUUUCCUGCUGACGCAAACCACAAGAGAGAUUCCCAGGCACCAAUUGCAUCUGUGUCAUGGGCGCCAUGGUUUGUCCUCAUCGCAGCAUCUUCUGCAAUCCACUCUGAGAAGGACAUUCUUCACAUCAUGAGUUGGUCUCGAGAUGAUGGUCAGUUCAGGUACUAUGCUCGCGAUCUCAUUAUGAAUGAUGAGGCUAGGGAGCAGCACGGUUGGGUAUACCUUUGCUCUUCGAUGGAUGCAUUCGACGCUCCAGGCAAGGCGUACCUCGGCCCGCUGAAUGGUCAUGUAAACGGAGGCAUUGUCAUGAAGGAGAUCCACAAGCCCUGGAUGCAUUGGCUCGUGGGUGGCCGAGGUGUGACCGAUCUACUUGACUUCGAGCUUGCCAACGAGCUCAUGGAGGCCCCGUGGCUUACUCAUCCUGGCUUUCCUCCCCUUUACGGAGCGAGUGUGCAGUCCGGUGAGACCUUUGAAAGAAUUGUUCUUGACUCUCUGAGAGUCUGGUUCACCAGCCGACGCAAUAAGGAUUUCCUGAGCGAAAAGGGAGAGACGGAGCAGUAUCCGCGCAACAUCCAACGUUGGGCGGCUCACUUCUUCCUUACCACCAACAUCAACAUUGCUGCUACGUCCAACAACGCCAACAUUGUGCCGUCUGAUCAUUUCUUCAGUUAUGAGAUGCUCAGGGGAUAUAGUGAUCUUUUGCCCAACAGAAAUAUGUAUGACGAGAAGUGGCUAGCAGGUCACAUCCUAAAGGAAACGCCAGCUGCAUUAACAAAGUGGAACGAAGACCGCUUCGGAAACGCAAAGCAUAAGUACUAUACCCAAGAGAAGUGGUUCAAGUCCUAUUCCAUCAAAUCUUUUCAGUACGAUGGUCCAUCGUAUCUCUGGGCGUCGCGUGAACUCAAGCUCUGCACCUUGCAAGAGGUGGCAAAAGCGGAAGACGCACAGCUCAUCGUCCCCAAGAAGACUCUAGCUGGUGGUAUCUUCAUGGGUACCCUCGAAGAUGGCAGUGAGAGAAUUGAUGGAGGAGACCAGGUUAACUUUGCUGUUCAACAAUGGGGUGAAGGUGAUAACCCGUGGGUUAUCCUUCAAAGCUCUGUUGAUGACGCCCAUGGCGUAUGGAUGGCACAGAAAAUGUUCUUAGGUGACGACAAGAAUGCAGCGCGGUGCCAGCUCUUUUCGGAGAAGACUUUCAAUGCUCUUCAGAUGGUUGACUUUUGGAACCCAAUCUACUCUUGGCGACGUCUCAAGUUGAUGCAGUACAUCCCUGUUGCGGCUCAGCUUGUCGAAACUCCUACCAAGGACCCAGUCACUGGUGAAGAUGUCUACACCUAUGAUCUCGAGCAGAACUUCAUUGAAGCCGUCAAGAAGAGAGUCAGCGGCAAAGGCGACUUGAAGAAACUCCAGAACGAAUGGCCAGAAGCUGAGUUCCUUCUGAACUUGGAGAAGCCACUCAUUGAGCAUCAAAUUCGCAUUUCCAGAUACACCAACAACAUCGUUCAGAACCUUGAGGAUUCAAGCUGGCUUCUGGAGUAUCUCAAGCUCGCUGAGUCGCGACGCCGCAUGUUCCGUCCCAUGCCGAUGAACUUCUUUGGAAGCAACAUUCCAUACUGUCUUGCUAUGCCAAUAGAUCAUCCAUGGUUAGAGAUGACUGAAACGGCUACCGUGAGGAAGAUCCCCAAGCGCGGUCGUAAGGUCUUGGAGGACUGGUUGGGAUCGCUGGCUGGUGCCGAUCCAAAUGUUAUUCCCCAGAAGCAGAGUCUGAAGGAGAUCAAUAAGAUGAUUAAGGAGAAUGUCAAGCAGGAUACUGUUGGGUUGCCUGUUACCUUGCUGCCUAGGCCGUCGACGAUGAGAAUGGCUUGUCAGAGGUUCAUUGCGGUGACAAAUCCCGAGACUUCAGAACGGCCUCACAGUUGUCCCUUCAUGGCGGGAGAGCAUUUGGCCUCGGCCCAUACAGCAGUUGAGGCUUGAGGGUUGUAAUCUUCUAGUAGUCAUGAUCACUCUUUCUAAGUUCAAUUGACUACAUUGUAAAGCC